UGGCUCAGCCGCAGCGCAGCGCAGCGCAGCGCGGGGACGCAGCGCAGCCCGGGCCGGGGACGCCGCGCCCCAGCUCGUCCGUGAUGCUCAGCAGCUGCUACCAAGGAGGCAAAGCCCUCGGGCUGCUCAAAGCCAAGCAGGAGAGCAGGCUAGGAGAAAUCAACCAGGAAUUUCUGUGCGACCCGAAGUUCAGUGAUGAUGAGGAUCUGGAGGACAAACUUGCCAUGUUUAAAGAAAAGUACAUGGAGUUCGACCUGAAUAACCAAGGCGAGAUCGACCUGAUGUCUGUGAAAAGGAUGAUGGAGAAAUUGGGUGCCCCCAAGACCCACCUGGAGCUGAAGAAGAUGAUCUCCGAAGUAACCGGGGGGACCGGCGACACCAUCUCCUACCAGGACUUCGUCAACCUGAUGCUUGGGAAGCGGUCGGCGGUCCUCAAGCUGGUCAUGAUGUUUGAAGGAAAAGCCAGUGAGAGCACCCCAAAGCCUUCAGGUCCGCCUCCGGAGAGAGCGAUUUCUAGUCUUCCUUAAAGGGAAAAAAACCCCUCACAGCCAAACUUCACAUCACUUCCCCUGACCUGGGCCUAUCCCCAGAACUUCUCUUGGUUAGUUUUAUACUAGACAUUCAUAGAAAGCAAUAAACUAACCCACUUUAGCAAAAGGAAAAACAAGGGAAUUUGCAGGGACUUUACUCAGAGGAGUUCCUAGAUGGCCAUUUAAAAUAACAACAGCUGUCCUUUCCUCCCUCUCUCCCUCUUCCCCCGCCCUGGUCUCUGUCUCAAAGGCUUGGGUCAGUAGUGAAAAACAAAAAUGUGAACCCAAAAGCCAAAUCCCACCCCAAACAUCACACGGUUGGUUUUCCAAGGCCUCUGCAGUCAUGCUACCGAACCAUGUGACUUCCCAGCCAACGCGACAGACUUCUGGCCAGCACCGAUGUUGCGAGCGUGGCCCCAAAGGCAGCGGAAGGCGUCGAGGGCCAGCUCCCCUCGCCCAGAGAUGCAUCUCCGGCAGCCACCGCCUCCUCUCCGUCUCCUGCCGCCCUUCCAGCCUCUGCUUGUCUCCUUCCCCACCCAGCCUGCCGCCCCGCUCCAAACCGCGGGGUUAGGGUCCCCCUGCUGACAGCCCUGAACCCCACGCUUCCCCACCAGUGGGUUUGUGGCUGCAAAGAGCAAGCAGGACGGCCUGAUGCAGGGCUUGGAGGGAAAGAGGGACGGGGCAGGGGAAGGAAAUUUGAACUCCAGCCCUUAUGUUAUUGGCAAGUCACUUCUUGCAGUACAACCGGCUUCCAGAAUUUUAUCUGCAAUGCUUUCUGUGGUCUGCUGAAAAGAAAAAAGAAAAAAGAAAAGAAAAGAAAAGAAAAGAGAUUCCCUCUCAAUCUCCCAGACUAAUCCCAGAGCUCAGCCGCUCGGGCACCGGGGGAUGGCUCAGGGGCAAGACAGCUUGCACGGAUCAUGCGGGGGCUUCUUGAUGGAGACCCUUUUGGUUUUGCAAUUGGGGACACGGGGCAAGGAACCUCAGUUUUGGAGAAUCUGGGCAUGGGGGUAACCACACUGCAGUAGCAGGUGGGCCCAAAGGGAAAAGGUACAGGGGCCAAGAUAACGAGCCCAUUCCAGUUUUAAAAAUCCCAGUGCUCCAGCCAGCCCGGAGCACUUGCUUCUGGGAAGUAAGCCCUGGAAGAGGCAUUUCAGUCUUCCUGGAUGAGGAGGAAACAGCACAAAAGCUGGGAAAGCCCAGCUGGAGGUUGGGGAAAGGGGAUGGAAUCUGGGACAGGCAGAGCGGAAUCAAGCUGGCCCACGGGCCGGAGGCUCCCCGGCCCUGUGAUGAGGGACUUGCUUGGCUGUCUUCUCUUCCCAAGUCGGUGGAAGAGGGCUCCUGGGUUCACUUUGCAAAGGGAAAUCAGUUUGCCCGGCCAAUUCUGCCCUGCUGUGGAAUAUUUAGCAAACUGCCUCCAUGAGAAACCCUUCAGAGGCUGCAGCAGGGUUAGUUUCUCUUCUUCCUCCCCACAAGCUCAAAGUCUGAACCUCUGACCCUGCAAGCGGGUACUCGGCUCAUUUGUGAGUGGCCCCCAGGCCCUUUUCCUUUUGUUUUUCUGCAGUUGCUCUUGGGGGGGGGGGGGGGGGGGGGGGGAGAAGGUGUGGGUGUGCUUCAACCUUGUGCUUGUAAAUUCACGAUUUUAAAUAAAAAUA